GAGCCUGAGCGGCCGGGGCGGCGGGCGCAGCGGCCCAGCCAUGUCGGCCGAGGAGAUGGUGCAGAUCCGCCUGGAAGACCGCUGCUACCCGGUGAGCAAGAGCAAGCUGAUCGAACAGAGCGACUACUUCCGCGCGCUCUACCGCUCCGGCAUGCGCGAGGCCGUGCGGCCCGAGGUGGGCCCGGAGGUGCAGCAGCUGCGCGGCCUGAGCGCUCCGGGCCUGCGGCUGGUGCUGGACUUCAUCAACGCGGGCGGCGCGCGCGAGGGCUGGGGCCUGAGUGAGGACGAGCUGGCCGAGGCUAGUGUGCUGUCCGAGAUGGUGGAGGCCGCGUCCUUUCUGCAGGUCACGGCGCUACUGCGCUUGCUGCUGUCGCAUGUGCGUCUGGGCAACUGCCUGGAGCUGUACCGCCUGGCGCAGGUGUAUGGACUGCCCGACCUGCAGGACGCCUGCCUGCGCUUCAUGGUGCUGCGCUUCCACCAGGUGCUGUGUCAGCCGCAAUUCCCGCUACUGCUGUCGCCGCCGCAGGCCCCCGGGGACUGUAGCCUGAAGCAGAGGCUAAGGGAGGCCCGCAUGCGCGGGACCCCGGUCCUGGUGGCCCUGGGGGACUUCCUUGGGGGACCCCUGGCCCCGCACCCGUAUCAGGGGGAACCCCCGUCCAUGCUUAGGUACGAGGAGACCACGGAGCGCUGGUUCCCCCUGGCCAACAACCUGCCCCCCGACCUGGUGAACGUCAGGGGCUAUGGCUCAGCCAUCUUGGACAACUACCUCUUCAUCGUGGGUGGUUACAGGAUCACCAGCCAGGAGAUCUCUGCCGCACACUCCUACAAUCCCAUCACCAACGAGUGGCUGCAGGUGGCCUCCAUGAACCAGAAGCGAUCUAACUUCAAACUCGUGGCCGUCAAUUCGAAGCUUUACGCCAUUGGUGGGCAGGCCGUUUCUAACGUGGAGUGCUACAAUCCCGAGCAAGAUACGUGGAAUUUUGUAGCUCCCCUGCCAAACCCUCUGGCUGAGUUCUCUGCCUGCGAGUGCAUGGGGAAGAUUUAUGUCAUCGGUGGAUAUACCACCCGAGAUCGCAACAUGAACAUCCUACAGUACUGCCCCUCCGCCGACCUCUGGACGCUGUUUGAGACCUGUGACGUCCAUAUCCGCAAGCAGCAGAUGGUGUCCGUGGAGGAGACCAUCUACAUCGUGGGCGGGUGUCUCCAUGAACUGGGGCCCAACCGCAGGAACAGCCAGAGUGAGGACAUGCUCACCGUGCAGUCCUACAACACAGUCACGCGGCAGUGGCUCUACCUGAAGGAGAACACGUCCAAAUCGGGCCUGAACUUGACAUGCGCACUGCACAAUGACGGCAUCUACAUUAUGAGCAGGGAUGUCACCCUGUCCACCAGCUUGGAGCACCGAGUGUUUCUCAAGUACAACAUCUUUGCUGAUAGCUGGGAGGCCUUCCGGCGGUUCCCAGCUUUCGGACAUAACUUGUUGAUUUCCUCUCUCUAUCUGCCCAAUAAAGCAGAGACCUGACCGAUUCAACAGCAUUUAAAAGAAAAGUCUGGUUCAAGGGGACAAAGGCAAGCCUUUGAAGUCCUGACUCCUGAAGGGACAGAGUGGGCUAACAUAGGUUGCGUAUGUAGGCGGCUCAGCUGUAAAUAAGCUUUCUUGAAACUAAUUACUUGAAAACUUAGGGUGAAGAGACCAACCCUAUUCUUUUCAGAUUGGGGUUUUUUUUUUUUUUUGUAUCUUGGGAACAAAUGUCAUGAUAAGUAUUCAUUCAAACCUAACAGUCUUGGACCAACAACUCAAAUCCACCAUUAAAAAGUAGACUACUAGAGUCUGCCUUGCAUGGGCCAAGGUCAGUAGCUAACCUGAUAAUAAUGGUUUUGUUUUGUGUAUGUGUUUUUUUUUUUUUUUUUUUUCCUUGCUGGGAAUGGAAUCCAGGGCCUCAUGGUAGUCCCGGAAAAGAUGACAUUAAAAAUGCUCUUUCUUCAGGUCACCUGAGAUCUCCUCAGUAGGGACAUUCCUUUUGGUGAUCGGUUUAUUUGACAAGCAUUAGGAUCCGUCACCUCCUUAGCUUCCGGCUCCCUUGUCACCCGGUUGUCACCCUGUCUCUCUGGGCAGACAUUUUAUCUUAUAUUUGUUUUCAGAAACCCUAACAGGUGUGUCCAACCUUUUGACAUUUAGAAAUCAUAUUAUCAUUUAUAAACUUUGUGCACACUUGAGUUACCUUUAAAAAAGUCUCUUCAUGAUCUAAGUAAGUUGGCUGAUGUUGUGUUUGCUGGCUGUUUUGUAGCUGUCCUUGGGGCCCACAAGCUAUGGUUGCCUUGCCUGCUACAAGGAUAGAGCCAGAGAGAGAAUCCACACAAGCAGCCAGACCAUCCACAAACGUGGAUAAACACAUUCUCAGCCACUUUCCCUGUCUUUGUGCAAUUGAGAAUGCUGUCUAAAGUAGACUAGUGAACCUCUUAUCUCGAGUGUAGCAAAUGAGGGUCUGUGUGGGUCACCACAGCUUCAUUGUGAGGCCUUUGUGUUUAGAAGAUUGCUAUAAACACUUUGUAAAUUGAGUCUUAGAUGAGGAGGAGGACCACAUGAAGAAAGAUGCCUUUAGGAAUUACUUUAAUUGAAUGUAAUGUUUGCACACUUACAUAGGUUUGCUUCUAGCUUGAUCUUAGCCUUAGAUGUGCAGCCAUGGUUUGCCUUUUUAAGGGAAGGAUGGCUGUAGCUGAUGUGUGCUAGAAAGCAGGGGAGUUAGAUGUUCCUUACAGACGUGGGAUGGCCUCUGCUGGCCUUUCUGACUUGAGGUGAGAUGCUGGCCUCAGAGCUCUCAUGCCAACAGCGGUGCAUAACUUAAGGACCUGCCAAUCAUGGGUCUGUGUUUCUUAAAAGACUCAAGGGCCUACUUAGCACGUACGAGAGGCCCCAGGUUUAAUCUCCGGCACUUACAGCAACAAGGUCCUCACCUACAGGAAUUUUGAUUGAAGAGAAUUUGCUGCAACCAGCUGCUAUCUUGCAAUGGAGUCGGCUAAAGGGACUGGACUCCAUCUCGACACCAGCAGCAGGCUGCUGCCUUGCAUAUUUAAGAAAGCUCCAUAGAGAACCAAGAGCUACAGGCAGAUUCUUCCUGGUUCUGUGCACAGCUGCUUUCCUGGUAGCUGGGCAUGGGAGAGGGGAGCUGACCCCUAGUAGGUCUUGAGGGAAGCUGACCCCUAGUAGGUCUUCAGUGUUAAUGAGGGAGUCACUUCAGGGUUUCUUUACAGCCAUGCCUCUAAUACAGUUUUAGAGUCUAGUUAUAAAACUCUUCUUUGCACAGCGAUUUAGAAGCGCUGCUAGUCUUUAUUUGGGACAUGGUGACAAUUCUUAGUGUCUUGUCAUGAAAUCUACCAAUAUCCAAUCAACCUGCUUGUAAUGCCAUUGGAAGCUUACAGGCCAUUUCCAGCCACAUCUGUUUUCAAACACUAAGUCUGUUUUUCUUACCCCCACCCCCUUAUUUUUCCCUCUCUAAGACAGAGUAUUUGCCUUACAAUCCAGGAUAACUCCAAACUGGAGACUCUCACCUCAGCCUCUUGCUUCCGUGCCUGUCUUUAUGUAUUACUUUUAAAAUUGUUUUGCUGGGUUCUUUUCAAGUAACAAAAAACUCUGAGCUAAAAACUUCACCAAAAUGGUACUUAUAGAGUAGAUUUAAUUUAUAUUCACUGUGGAAUUAAAUUUUGGAGGAGUCUAGAAUUUCAUUAUUGCACUUUAAAAUCUAAUUUAUGUUUGUUCUUAUGGGUCUUCAUUUUUAUGCAGCCUAGUCCUGAAUAUUCAGAGGAAACUGGCAGUUGAAUUUGCAAUGGACAAAGAUGGGCAAUUAUCUUGUGAAAAUACACUUCUUAAAAGCCCAUCAUGGCGUCUACCUGUUGACUAGUUCUCUUCCUGAUGGCCAUCUUUGGGCAUAUUUCCUAAUGCCAGCAACUAGAUUCUUGGACCAAAUGAAGUUCUAAAACUGAAAUCCACAAAGCUCUCACUCCAGGCUUAACAUGUAGCCUGUGUGCAUUAUAUGGCUCUGGGGUUUAGAUGCACAGACUCCCAGCAGAAGUUUGUUGUUCUUGCUGCCAGCUAUGCUUGGAGAAGAGAGUCAUGUCAUAGAACUGGAUGGGUUUUAUGACAUCUGUCUGCCUGUGCCCUUUACCUGCCUGGGCAUUCUAAGAGCACUUGGAGUUCAGCUGGUGCCAACUGCAGAAUUCGGCCAGGAUGAAAGUGUUCCUUCGGAAACCUUCCCUUGCUCAGACAACUAACUCCUUAUGUGAUACUUUGUAUUUCUUUCCAUUCUCUGUUGCCUUACUCCCCCCACCCCCAGCUUCUGGGGUUCUGACUCCCACUGUGUAGCAGGAAGUGUCUGGGAGUACCCCCAAGGGAGCUGCCUGCAAAGUGUGCACUCCUUCUCUGGGAGGCUUCUCCCCUUGGCACCAGAAAAGGUUCUGAGAUGACUGUGUGAGAAUCCAUAACUUCUGCAAUCUGAGCUAAGACAUAUUGUCAAAGAACUUACAAGAUGCUGGCAAGAAACACACAAGGCUUAAGAUUAAGCGUGAAACCAAAGAGACUUUGACCCUGAUGUUUUCUGUUAUUUCUAAAGCCAAGAACCCGAGCAAUCUUAGAUGCCUUGAGUUUCCAUCCAAGCAGAGGGAAGGAGAGGGUACUGUAGCUCUAUACUGGGAGAACAGAGGAAAAUGUUUCUUUUUAAUAAACAGUUGUUUAUAGACUGUUAGAGGCGCAGUCCUCAGAAUUCCAGGUAAAGUUACAAGCCUGUUUGGCCAAAGAGGUAAAUAGAAGGGGCCCUGAUGUCUUUGUCAAGGUGUUUGGUGAGCUUAGCUUAGCACUGCUGACUUGAGGGUCUGCAGGACAAAGGGAUCGUGCUGAAGGUUGUCUUGUCCUUACCCAGGAGUUCGGGGUCUGUGUGUACACUCACUCUGCCAGGGUUUGUACCUGGGAGACCUGUCAAUCAGUGCUACCAGACAUCCUGCCAGCCUAUCAGAGUGAAGUGAAUGCCAGUCCCCGCCCCUGCUUCGGAGAUGGUCAGUAUGAAGGGAGCUGUGAUCUCUGGAAGCAGUGAGCUACAUCAAUUCCAUUCCUUGGUGACCAGAAACAUUGAGUGUUGGUGUGAGACAGAGCCUAGCUUAGGGACACUGACUGAACCACUGUUCCUAGGACAAUGUGCUCUCAUUUUCAGCCAUGGUGUAGCCAGAGAUGCCCACUUUAGUCAGGCCCACUGGGCCCACUGCCCACUGCCUUGUGAUUCAGUAAUAACCCCGGGAGCUUGUUUGUCCUUAAAUCUGAACAUCAUAUCCCAUGUUUCAGGUUUUUUUUUUUUUUCUGUGUAUGUUUUUUUCUUAAUUUUAAAGUUAACUACUUUUUAUAAUCCUUGCACUUCGCAGUUUGUGAAAACACAGAAAUGAUGUGGAAUGUGUUUUAUUUAGAACUCACUCAGCACUGUAGCCCCGCAGAUGGUUCUAAUGAAGGAGGAAGGAGAGAAGGUAAAGAUUUGGCACGAGUAAGCUCAGCGCUGGUACGUUUAUGCCUUUGCCUUUAAAACAUUCCCGUGGAAGAAUUCAGCAAUGCUCCCUUGGACACUUUGUCAUUGAGGUUGUUUGAGUUUGCCUUGCCAAUGACUGUCGAGUAGUUUCCACCUUAGGUUUAGUACUCACGUUUGCUUUUCACACUUUCAUUAGUUUGGGAACACAGCAGGAAAUACAUAGUGACUGCCAGCUGCCACUUGACAUAGCCAUAUUCACCCAUUCCUACAGGAAGCCCGUGAAAUGAAAAAGAGGGUCCAUUCCGUAGAGCCCAGGGUGCUCAGUGUUUCCGUAGGGCUGGUUGGUGCUUUCCAUAGCUUGUCACCGGCAAAGCAAAGGAAAAUGUGAUUUGUUGUAUCACUUCAGGGUGCGACAUUUCUCUGUCCCUCCAGUGUUUUCUUACCUAGUUAUUUUUUAUGGAAAAAGAUAAUCCUCAAGUUACAUUCUGUUAUGACUGACACUUUCUUUGUUUGAAAUAUUGUACUGAGUCUGUAGUUUGGAGUGUGGCAUAAACACACAUAUCAGCAUUGUCACAUAUCCAUAACCGUGUUUGUGCAUCUGACACCUGUGAACCACGGAGCUGUGUUCAUUUUGUUUCUUUGGACUAUGGAAGGA